UGGGUUCUAAUCAUGACAGGCGGGAGACGGCAUAAAGGGGUGAGAUUUGCGCGGCUUCAACGUACAGUGGCUUGUUUACAUCUCAGGAGGUGAAAUGUGAGGAACGAAGGCGGCCACAGCACUGUCCUGAAGUGUGGGAUGUGUUACAAACGGAAUCAACGAAGCGGAUUUACGAUAUGUUGAUUGCGACUUCGCCAUUUUCCCGAUGUAUCACACACGCCGAAACCACGACCCGGCCAACUCAAUAACCUACAUAAUGCCCGACGCUAUGCGGAUUGGCACACAGAGGUAGUCCUACGUGGAAGGGAGGUAACUCGCCGUUGAUGUGAAUUCAAUGUUUUCAUUCGUACGUUCAGCUAUUGUCACCGUUAGCACGCAAGUUCACUACAAUAUUACUAACUGAAAAUGGUGUCACUUUUAAAAGCGUCGUUCACGAAAAGGAAGAGUAAUUUCACAUACUCUGAGACAGACACGCUUUUAGAAGAAAUCGAAAAGAAUAAAGAUGUGUUGCUUUCGCCAUCGUGCGCAGCGAAGCAUAAACGAGCUUUGUGGGAUGACAUCACGUCAAAAAUAAAUCGUAUCGGGGAGGGGGAUGAACGGACGAUGGAAGAGGUGAGAAAAAAAUGGGGUGAUAUGCAGUGUUUAGCUAAACGGAAAUUUGCAAGAGGCACGCAAGAAUUAAAUGAAUUUGAAAUGCGAGUCAUAGCCAUGAAAUCCGAGGGUGGCGGUAGAUGGCUACAGAAUGAAAGAUCAUAUCAGGAAGAGCCGGAUGAAUUCGAAUUCGACACCUUGACAGAAAACAUUCAGAUUAAACAGGAAAAAACAGACGAAGAACUUGAUAACCUCCCUGUUUACUUUGAUGGGAAGGGCUAUGAUGGCACCCCUGAGGACCCCACGGAUGACUACCCCGAAACGCCGAUUCCAUUUGACAUGACAUCUCGCAAAAGGAAAAGCAACUUCAGCAUUCUUGAGAGGAACACUCUUCUGGAAGAAGUUAAGAGGUGGCGCAAGAUCAUUCUGGCUAAGUACAAUGACACUGUGACCCAUGAGAAGAAGAGAGUUGCAUGGGAUGAGGUCACAAAGAAAGUAAACGAGAAAGGAAGAGGAAGUUACCGCACAGUGGAAGAAGUGAGGAAGAAGUGGAACGACAUGCAGAGUCUGGCUCGGCGGAAGAAGAGGAGGAAGAUGGAGACCCUGCUACUGGAGUCGGCCUCCAACUCGGACAGUAUGCAAGGCCGGGAUACUCCCCAAGGAGUUGAGGACAUGGAGCUAGAUCGGCUGGAUGAGACAAAUAUCAGCUUUGAGGGAACUGAAGACGGCAACAGUAUCGACCAUGACAUCAUGGAGCGUGUCCUGGCUUCCAGCAUGAACGAUGAUGAUCAGCGGGAUGAGAUUGAUCUGAUUGAAGAAGAGGAGGAAGCUGAUGAUGACAAUGACAGCAACUGCAGCGAGUGGACACCUGUGAGUCGGAGGAAGCAGGCUUCAUCCAAGACAAGGAAAGUAAACUUCAGUACAGCGGAAACUAGUGCUCUACUGGACGAAAUACACAAACGAAGGAGGAUCAUCUUUUCACCAAACUUGGACCGGAGGACCGCUGAAAAGAAACGGAGAGAGUGGGCGAAAGUCGCCGAAAGAGUCCAAAAAGUUUGCUGUAACAAGGAAGUUCGAACUUUAAACGAAGUCCGUAAGAAAUGGAGUGACUUGUUCACAAGAGCAAGUAAGUUCCGAGUGAAAAUAGAGGCCGGUGAAAAUGAUGACCCAGGGUGUGAAUCGGAAAUUGAUAGAGUGAACCGUCGAGUGCUGUCCAUCGUCAAGCAGAAGGAUGAGGAGCAGCAGCGGGCAGAUGAAGACUUCGAGGUGUCCAUGUUUGGAGGGAAGGAGGGAGGCAAGCUUAAACAAGAAGGGAUGGCCGCCACAAAACAUGAUGCCCAUCCGGAAAAUCCACAUUCAGAUGAUGAAGUUUAUGAUGAAGAAAAGCACAAGUGCAGCCUCCCCAAUUCCCCCGGGGACGACACCGACCCAGAAGGAGACAAUCUGGACAGUGGCAUUAUUAUUGUACAAGUUGAAGAUGGCCACCACAUUGGUGUGAAGAAAGUCGUCGAUGUCAUCAACUUGAAGAAGGAACCUCCAGCAGCGCCAACGACGGUCGACUCGCCACUUGUAAUAGAAAACGUGGCCAGUAUAGACGAGCGGGUGUUUUCAAGCAUGGACAGUCACGAUCUGUCAUCUACACCCGGUGAUGGUCCCAGAGACAAAGGACACAAAGAUAGGCGGGGACAUGUGGACACUGGGAACAAUGUUGACUUUGACAGUAAUAGUCAGGAUUGCCAGACACAGGAGGCCCCUGAACAGUUCAUAUUCCGCGAAGAAGAAAGGGCAAGUUCUCCUGUCAGGAAACGUCAGUUUUGUUGGACGAGGUGAAGAAAAACAAGUCCCUGCUUUUGUCCAAACUGAC